AUGGAUGGAGAAGGGCCAGGAGAAUCAGCUGGCCACCCGCCGCCACCACCGCCACCGCCGCCGGUACCCGAACAUGAGGUGGGUGGAGUACACAACCUGGAGAUGGAAGAGGGUAGGUUCCCCCCUCCUCCUCCUGCAUCAGCAGCAGGCCGCUCUAACUGUCAACUCUUGCCGAAAGAUACCGUCGAUUGUGUCGAGGAUGCUAGCAUGGCAGCAAACUCCUUUAAAGGCCAGAGCGGAAUGUUGCAGUCCUGUUACCGGCCAAAGCCAGUGUCAAGUGAAAAACCAUCCGAUGGCAGUAUGCACUUCACUAUCACUCGACAUCCAAAGGAGUUGCUCGACGUCAUGAAUGUUCUUUGGCGGUCCCGUAAGCUUUGUGAUGUCACUUUCAAAGUGGGUGAAGAGUCUUUUCAGGCACACAAGAUUGUAUUAGCUGCUGCCAGUCCCUAUUUCCGUGCCAUGUUUACUGGAGGCAUGAAGGAAGAGGAGAUGACGGAGAUCCGGCUGCACUGUAUUUCUCCUUGCACCCUGGGGAUCCUUAUCAAUUUUGCCUACACCUCUGAGAUCCAGAUCAAUGAGAUGAAUGUGUGUCAGCUGCUGCCAGCAGCAACCAUGUUCCAAAUCACGCACGUUGUUGAGGCCUGCAGUGUAUUCUUAGAGCAUCAGCUCGAUCCGAGCAAUUGCAUUGGAAUUGCAGACUUUGCCAGCGAGCAUGGCUGCAUGGAUCUGUACAACAAGGCACGUGAUUACAUCUACAAAAAUUUUAGCGAAGUCAGUAAGUGUGAGGAAUUUCUAAUGCUCUCACCCUGCCAACUCGUUAGCCUAAUUAAGCACGACGAGUUGAACGUCUUCUGUGAGUCGGAAGUUUUCAAUGCCGUCAUCAGGUGGGUGGAGCACGACACCGAUAAACGGCUUGGCAAGUUAGAGAGUCUGCUCGGGGCUGUGCGUUGCCAUUUCCUCUCGCCAAAGUUCUUGGAGAAACAGCUGAAAGUAUGCAGAGUCUUGAAGAAAAAUCCACAAUGCCAAAACUAUCUGGCUCGAAUCUUUGAAGAACUCAAACUACAUAAGCAAAUUCCUGAAGCUUGCCGAAAACCUUGCAAGCCAAUGGUGAUCUUUACUGCUGGUGGGUACCUGCGCCAGUCUCUCAGUAAUUUUGAAUGCUAUAACCCAGAGAGUAGUGAAUGGAGACGUUUACCGGACUUGCCAGUACCUCGAAGUGGGCUGAGCGCUUGUGUAGUUAAGGGCAUUCUUUAUGUGGUUGGAGGGAGAAACAACUCUCCGGAUGGCAAUAUGGACUCUGCUUCUCUGGAUAUGUAUGAUCCGUACCGGAAUGUUUGGCGUCCAUGUGCACAGAUGACAGUACCACGGAACAGGGUUGGAGUUGGAACAAUAGACAAUAUGAUAUAUGCAGUAGGAGGGUCCCAUGGUACUCAGCACCAUGAUACUGCUGAAAGGUAUGAUCCAGACACUGAGAAAUGGAUCCAAACAUCUCCUAUGGAGACGAAAAGAAUUGGUGUUGGUGUAGGUGUGGUCAAUCGGCUUUUGUACGCUGUCGGAGGGUUUGAUGGGCAUAACCGUCUGCGCAGUGUUGAAUGCUACCAUCCAGAGAAAGAUGAGUGGAAAUUCCUUGCUCCAAUGAAUACCGUGCGGAGUGGAGCAGGUGUGAUAGGAAUGGACCAUUAUAUCUAUGCCGUGGGAGGAUAUGAUAGCAAUUGCCAGCUUCGUUCUGUGGAACGUUAUUGUACAGAAACUAAUGUUUGGCAAUAUGUUGCUCCUAUGAACAGUCCAAGGAGUGCACUCAGUGUAGCUGUCAUCUGUUCUAAACUUUAUGCCUUAGGUGGCUAUGAUGGGAAUGACUUUUUAUCGUCUGUGGAAUGUUACGAUCCAGACAGUAACAUUUGGACUGAAAUUACCAAUAUGACUUGUGGCCGCAGUGGACACGGAGUUGCUGUAGGAGCAGAACCCUACACGUGA